CUUCACAUGAUGAGAUGUCUGUACGGAUGAGGGUCACCUUAAGUAUCUAAAAUCCCAAGUAAGCACCAAUAUGCCCACAGAAACCGUCCAGAUCGUCAUCGACUCGCUUACGGCGGCCGGGGUCAAGUACGUUUUCGGCGUGCCGGGCGCCAAGAUUGACUCUGUCUUCAACGCCCUGGUGGAUCAUCCAGAAAUCAAAGUGAUCGUGUGCCGGCACGAACAAAACGCCGCCUUCAUUGCCGCCGCUGUCGGAAAACUCACCGGCCGCCCCGGAGUAUGCAUUGCCACUUCGGGCCCAGGAACCAGUAAUCUCGUCACUGGAUUGAUCACGGCAACCGAUGAGGGCGCACCCCUUGUCGCUAUCGUGGGCAGCGUGAAGCGGGCCCAAGCCGCUAAGAGGACACAUCAGAGCCUACGUGCCACCGAGCUCCUGACGCCCGUAACCAAGAAGGUGGUUGAAGCCAUCGUCGAGGACCAAGUGGCUGAAGUGGUGCUCGAUGCAUUCCGAGUCGCCGCGGCCUAUCCGCAGGGUGCAACGGCGAUAUGCCUACCCAUCGAUGUCAUGACGCAGGGCAUGAAAUCUUCCAUCCCGGCUUUCCCGGCCUCUGCAUUCUUACCGCCGAGCUACGGCCCGUCGACGGAUGCAUCGUUGCAAAAGGCGACCAAGUUGAUUCAGGAGGCUAAAUUUCCCGUCUUGUAUCUUGGCAUGCGAGCUGCCGACGAAGUGGUCGUUGAUGCAGUACACAGAUUCCUGCGCAAGCAUCCCGUUCCCGUCAUCGAGACGUUUCAGGCUGCUGGAGCUAUAUCCAAGGAACUUGUACCGCUGUUCUUUGGCCGCGUCAGCUUGUUCCGCAACCAGCCGGGCGAUAAGCUCCUCACGAAGGCCGACUUGGUUAUCACAGUGGGAUACGACCAGGCCGAGUAUGAUGCUAACUUGUGGAAUGCUUCGAAUCACUUGCAUAUUGUGCACCUCGACUGUAACCCAGCGACCGUUGGCUACUUCUACAACCCCAAACUGGAACUCAUCGGCUCCCUGGCCUCGAAUCUGGACCUUCUCACCAAUUGCCUGCAAAAUGUUGCGAGGCCCCAGGAAACUGAAGUCGCGCAAUCUAUUCUCUCUGAAUUCCAUGCCUGGGAAUCACAGGCUAACGCUAAUGCCAAGCCCACCGGCGGUCCCGUCCACCCGCUACACUUCAUCCGCCUGCUCCAGUCCAUGAUCGACCCGACCACCGUCAUCGCUGCCGAUGUUGGCAGCGUCUACAUCUGGAUGUGUCGCUACUUCUACUCCUUCCACCCCAAGACUUUCCUCGUCUCCAACGCCCAACAGACACUCGGCGUCGCCCUCCCGUGGGCCAUCGGCGCUUCACUCAGCCAAGAGCCCGAACCCUGCAGCCGAAAGGUCGUCAGCGUCAGCGGCGACGGAGGUUUCCUCUUCAGUGGCCAGGAACUGGUAACUGCCGUGAAACACGGAUGCAAUAUCACCCAUUUCGUGUGGAACGACGGCAAGUACAACAUGGUGGAGUUUCAGGAGGUAGACAAAUACGGGCGCAGCUCCGGCAUCGAGCUGGGCGGCGUGGAUUUCGCGGCAUAUGCUGAGGCGUUUGGGGCAAAGGGGAUGAAGGUCAAGAGUUCCGAGCAGUUGGAAGGGGUCAUGCGCGAGGCCAUGGCUCAUAAAGGGGCUUGUGUCGUUGAUGUUGAGAUUGAUUAUGCGGACAAUCAUGAGCUGAUGACCCACGUAGUAGCAGAUAGUGUUGCUUAGAGGUCUGAUGGGGGUUGAGACGGAACCCCCAUGGGCAUUUUUCCCAAUUGAUGACUCUAUUCAUUUAUAUAUAGUUAACGGACGUCCUGCC